AUGUCUAAAGGAAAAGUUUGUUUGGCAUACUCUGGUGGCUUAGAUACCUCCGUUAUCUUGGCAUGGUUAUUGGAACAAGGCUAUGAAGUCAUUGCUUUCUUGGCAAAUAUUGGUCAAGAAGAAGACUUUGAAGCUGCCGAGAAAAAGGCAUUGGCCAUUGGUGCUACCAAAUUUGUGGUAGUUGAUGUGAGAAAGGAGUUUGUUGAGAGCGUUUGUUUCCCAGCUAUUCAGGCCAAUGCUAUCUAUGAGAACGUUUACUUGUUGGGAACUUCGUUGGCUAGACCAGUGAUUGCCCAAGCUCAGAUCAAGGUGGCAGAAGAGAACGAUUGUUUUGCAGUAUCUCAUGGAUGCACAGGUAAAGGUAAUGACCAGGUCAGAUUCGAGUUGUCGUUCUACGCUUUGAAACCUGACGUGGUUGUCAUUGCACCAUGGAGAGAUCCUGAGUUUUUCAACAGAUUUGCUGGUAGAAAGGCAUUGUUGGAGUACGCUGAAUCGAAGAACAUUCCCGUGGCUCAAACCAAAGCCAAGCCAUGGUCUACUGACGAAAACUUGGCUCACAUUUCCUUCGAAGCUGGUAUUUUGGAAAACCCUGAUACUACUCCUCCAAAGGAUAUGUGGAAGUUGACGGUAGACCCUACCGAUGCACCAGACACUCCAGAAGAUUUUUCCGUGGUGUUUGAAAAAGGAUUGCCAGUCAAGUUGGUGUUGGACGGCGGAAAGAAGGUUGUCACUGAUCCUGUUGAAUUGUUCCUCGAGGCUAAUGCCUUGGCUAGAAGAAACGGUGUCGGCAGAAUUGACAUUGUGGAAAACAGAUUCAUUGGUAUCAAGUCCAGAGGAUGUUACGAAACUCCAGGUUUGACUAUCUUGAGAUCUACUCAUAUUGACUUGGAAGGUUUGACCUUGGACCGUGAGGUUCGUGCUAUCAGAGACCAAUUUGUCACUGUCACAUACUCCAAGUUGUUAUACAAUGGUAUGUACUUCACUCCAGAAUGUGAGUACGUUCGUGAUAUGAUCGCUCCUUCGCAAAAGACCGUCAAUGGUACCGUCAGAGCUAGAUGCUACAAGGGCUCAUUGACCAUCUUGGGUAGAUCGUCCGACACGGAAAAAUUGUACGAUGAGACUGAAUCUUCUAUGGAUGAGUUGACCGGAUUUUCUCCUGAAGAUACUUCUGGUUUCAUUGCCGUGCAAUCGAUUAGAAUCAAAAAGUAUGGAGAAUCUGUUAGAGAAAAGGGUAAAAAAUUGGACCUUUAG